AUGACUAUUUUGUCCAUUGUUGGUUUGUUGGUCUAUUUCUUCGUUAUGUUCGCUGAUGUCAUAAGUAAAUCAAGAUAUACAUUAAAUGAGAUUAAGUAUGUGAGGAACCUUUACAAAGAUAAGACCUUCUACUCAUUCAAUGUGAGUUAGUUUGAUUAUGGAGUAUAACUUAGUUAUCAAGGAUUAGAUCCCAAUGUUACUAACUUAUUUUAAUACUUCUCGAUAAAGAUGUUCGUGUUUUAAACUCUGGUGAAAACGAAUUAUACUGAUGGAGAAUAUCCUCUAUACUAUAUUAGAGAAGAUAUUGAUAUGGCAAGAUGCACAAUAGACAGAUUUGGUGGACAAUCAGAGGAAUAAGAUAAUUCUAAAUGGUGGUGUCCUUAGAUUUAAAAUACUUCGCUGCAAGGAAGAAUGGGCUCGAUAGUCUCAAAAAGAAUAAAAAUAGAUCUCACAUACUGCGAUUAAAAAUACUUAAGUAAAAUUUUCCCAAAUCUAACAUGCAAAUCAAGAGAAGAGGCAGAUUCUAUUAGUAAAGAUGUUUAUUAUCUAAUGGGCUAUCUUGAGUAAUUCUUGGAUGUGGCUGAGUUUGAAAAAAAUCCGAUUAAAUAUACAUUAACUGCAUUCUAGUAUACCCCAUAAACUGAUACCAGAUAUGAAUACUUCGGUGUCUCCUAAAAUUAUGUGACCCUAAGAGAUAGUUGGUUGGCAUCUAACAUAGGCGUAUAAAACUAUACUUACGGUACUGUAAGGAGAUAGGGUUCUAACUUCUAACUUAAAAGUAAUAGAGAUUUAUGGGUUUCUUUCAAUUUCUUGAUGGAUGAAAAUGUUGUAGACACAACAAGGAUAUCGUACAACUUCAUUGAUGCUUUAACUGCAACUGGAGGAUUCGCCUCAAUUAUUAUGAUAGUAUUCAAAGCACUUACAGGAAAAAUUCAAACAGUUCUCUAUCAUGCAUCAAUAAUGAAAAGACUCUACCUUAGUAUGGAUUAGUUAGGUGACGAUGCUAUUAAUGAAAUAGUUAAAAAACAAGGUGGCGACUUUGAUAAAUUAGAUCCUGAUCGGAGUCAGAAAAAUGAUAAGUUUAAUGAUACCACUUAGCGAGAUCUUUUAAGUCAAACUAGAGACAUAAAUAAAAACCUUGAACCAUUAGAACAAAUAUCGGAAAAAACUCAGCUGUAACUAUUGAAGGAUAAAUUUAAAAGAUUCAAAUACUUUGAGUAUACAUUUUCAGACUACUUAAAAUCUAAGUUGAGAAAUUGUUGGGCAAAAGUAAUGAAAUAGAAGAAUAGAAACAUUAAAGAUCUACUAUACAAAGUUGGAAUGAGUAAACUAACCAAAGAAUUUGACAUCAUUAGAUAUUUCAAGAAAAUCAGAUUAGCUACAUCUCUUUCUGAACUCUUGCUCUCUGAUUUUUAAAAAGAAUUGAUUCCAUUUUUUGGCUAGAAUGUUUUAACUUAAAUUGAUAAAAAAUCAAAACCUAACUUUUAUAAAAAAUCAAAGACUCUAGAAGAUCCUGAUAUACUUCAUUAAUCAUUAAAAGCAGUAGUUAAAAAUAGCAAAAAAUCAGAAUUAGAUUAGAAGAUUCUAUAAAUGUUGGAGUUACCAAGCAUGCUUGAAAAAAUUUAAGAAAAUCUAAAAUUACAAGUUAAAUAGAAGGAUAAGGAGCAGAAAUCCAAGUCAAAUAAAAAAAGAAAAGACAUUUGGAAGGAUCCCACUUAAACCAACUCAAAACAUCAGAAAAAAAUUAAAAGUUAGUAAUAAGAAUAAGAAAAUUAAACAAAAGAUUAUGAUCCUAAUCAAUAAAUUCCGAAAUAAAAAACUAAAAAUAGACAUGAAACCUUGAAAAAGACAAAUACUUAAUUGAUCUUCGUUCAAUAAUCAUCAAUUGAUAAGAGAACCAAGCCUCAUGAUUUUUCUAAGAAUAAUCACAAAAAUUAACAAAGAAAAGAGAGCAAAUAAACAAAUAAGGAUGAAGUUGCUGAAUUUGAUUAUACUUUAGACACAAAAAAUACUCAUAGAACUAUUCAAUUAAAAGCUAAAUCUAAUUUGAGUAAAGUAUAAUAUGAGAAGUCUGAAUAAGCAGAGAGAUUUUCUUAGAAUAGUAACCCAAUUGGAUCUGAUAUUAUAAAAGAACACGAUUAAGAAGAUAUUAUAGAAAGUAUUUCUGAAUGA